GGGGUAAACUGGCUAGUGACGUCAUGUCAUCUCCCCCGCCGCGUUAAUCCGCGUGACGUCACGAAAUCCCGGAAAGCUGCUCGCCACUGAACUGGGAUCCGAGCUGCCAGUUCCUCUGCCACUUUGCUGGACAGAAUUGGUCAUAUGGAGCGAAAACAAUCAGCGGGAGAAAAACCCUUCAAGUGCACUGUGUGUGGGAAGGCGUUUGCACAUGCAUCAAUUCUUCAGGUCCACCAGAGAACACACACGGGAGAGAAACCCUUCAAGUGCACUGCGUGUGGGAAGGCAUUUGCACGGUCAUCAAAUCUUCAGGGCCACCAGAGAACACACACGGGAGAGAAACCUUUCAAGUGCACUGCGUGUGGGAAGGCGUUUGCAGACUCGUCACCUCUUAAAAGACACCAGAGAAUACACACAGGAGAAACACCCUUCAAGUGCAUUGUGUGUGGGAAGGCCUUUGCACAGUCAUCAGGUCUUAAAGCACACCAGAGAAUACACACAGGAGAAACACCCUUCAAGUGUACUUUGUGUGGUAAGGCAUUUGCACAAUCAUCAACUCUUCAGGGCCACCAGAGAACACACACGGGAGAGAAACCCUUCAAGUGCACUGUGUGUGGGAAGGCGUUUCCGCAGUCAUCGCAUCUUAAAAUCCACCAGAGAAGUCACACAGGAGAGACACCCUUCAAGUGCACUGUUUGUGGGAAGGCCUUUGCAAAGUCAUCCCAUCUUAAAACACACCAGAGAAUACACACAGGAGAAACACGCUUCAAGUGCACUGUGUGUGGGAAGGCGUUUGCAGAGUCAUCACGACUUAAAAGACACCAGAGAAUACACACAGGAGAAACACCCUUCAAGUGCAUUGUGUGUGGGACGGCCUUUGCACAGUCAUCAUAUCUUAAAAUACACCAGAGAAUACACACAGGAGAAAAACCUUUCAAGUGUACUUUGUGUGGGAAGGCAUUUGCACGGUCAUCAAAGCUUCAGGGCCACCAGAGAACACACACAGGAGAGAAACCCUUCAAGUGCACUGUGUGUGGGAAGGCAUUUUCACAAUCAUCAUAUCUUAAAAUACACCAGAGAAGUCACACAGGAGAGACACCCUUCAAGUGCACUGUUUGUGGGAAGGCCUUUGCAAAGUCAUCCCAUCUUAAAACACACAAGAGAUUACACACAGUAGAAACACCCUUCAAGUGCACUGUGUGUGGAGAGGCCUUUGAACAGUCAUCACAUCUUAAAACACACCAGAGAAAACACACAGGAGAGACACCCUUCAAGUGCACUGUGUGUGGGAAGGCGUUUGCAUAUUCAUCAAUUCUUCAGUGCCACCAGAGAACACACACGAGAGAGAAAACCUUCAAGUGCACUGUGUGUGGGAAGGAAUUUUCACUGUCAACAUAUCUUAAAAAACACCAGCAAACACACACGGGAGAGAAACCCUUCAAGUGCACUGUGUGUGGGAAGGAAUUUUCACUGUCAACAUAUCUUAAAAACCAUCAGCGAACACACACGGGAGAGAAACCAUUCAAGUGCACGGUGUGUGGGAAGGCGUUUGCACAUCCAUCAAAUCUUCAGGUCCACCAGAGAACACACACGGGAGAGAAACCCUUCAAGUGCACUGCGUGUGGGAAGGCGUUUGCAGAGGCAUCAUCUCUUAAAAUACACCAGAGAAUACACACAGGAGAAACACCCUUCAAGUGCAUUGUGUGUGGGGCGGCCUUUGCACAGUCAUCAUAUCUUAAAAUACACCAGAGAAUACACACAGGCGAAAAACCCUUCAAGUGUUCUUUGUGUGGGAAGGCAUUUGCACAGUCAUCAAAUCUUCAGGGCCACCAGAGAACACACACGGGAGAGAAACCCUUCAAGUGCAGUGUGUGUGGGAAGGCGUUUGCAGUGUCAUCACAUCUUAAAAGACACCAGAGAAUACACACAGGAGAAACACCCUUCAAGUGCAUUGUGUGUGGGACGGCUUUUGCACAGUCAUCAUAUCUUAAAAUACACCAGAGAAUACACACAGGAGAAAAACCCUUCAAGUGUACUUUGUGUGGGAAGGCAUUUGCACGGUCAUCAAAUCUUCAGGGCCACCAGAGAACACACACGGGAGAGAAACCCUUCAAGUGCACUGUGUGUGGGAAGGCAUUUGCAGAAUCAUCAUAUCUUAAAAAACACCAGAGAAGUCACACAGGAGAGACACCCUUCAAGUGCACUGUUUGUGGGAAGGCCUGUGCAAAGUCAUCCCAUCUUAAAACACACCAGAGAAUACACACAGUAGAAACACCCUUCAAGUGCACUGUGUGUGGAGAGGCCUUUGAACAGUCAUCACAUCUUAAAACACACCAGAGAAAACACACAGGAGAGACACCCUUCAAGUGCACUGUGUGUGGGAAGGCGUUUGCAUAUUCAUCACUUCUUCAGUGCCACCAGAGAACACACACGAGAGAGAAAAACUUCAAGUGCACUGUGUGUGGGAAGGAAUUUUCACUGUCAACAUAUCUUAAAAACCAUCAGCGAAUACACACAGGAGAGAAACCAUUCAAGUGCACGGUGUGUAAGAAGGCGUUUGCACAUCCAUCAAUUCUUCAGGUCCACCAGAGAACACACACGGGAGAGAAACCCUUCAAGUGCACUGCGUGUGGGAAGGCAUUUGCACGGUCAUCAAAUCUUCAGGGCCACCAGAGAACACACACGGGAGAGAAACCCUUCAAGUGCACUGCGUGUGGGAAGGCGUUUGCAGACUCAUCACCUCUUAAAAGGCACCAGAGAAUACACACAGGAGAAACACCCUUCAAGUGCAUUGUGUGUGGGAAGGCCUUUGCACAGUCAUCAGGUCUUAAAGCACACCAGAGAAUACACACAGGAGAAACACCCUUCAAGUGUACUUUGUGUGGUAAGGCAUUUGCACAAUCAUCAACUCUUCAGGGCCACCAGAGAACACACACGGGAGAGAAACCCUUCAAGUGCACUGUGUGUGGGAAGGCAUUUCCGCAGUCAUCGCAUCUUAAAAUACACCAGAGAAGUCACACAGGAGAGACACCCUUCAAGUGCACUGUUUGUGGGAAGGCCUUUGCAAAGUCAUCCCAUCUUAAAACACACCAGAGAAUACACACAGGAGAAACACGCUUCAAGUGCACUGUGUGUGGGAAGGCGUUUGCAGAGUCAUCACGACUUAAAAGACACCAGAGAAUACACACAGGAGAAACACCCUUCAAGUGCAUUGUGUGUGGGACGGCCUUUGCACAGUCAUCAUAUCUUAAAAUACACCAGAGAAUACACACGGGAGAAAAACCCUUCAAGUGUACUUUGUGUGGGAAGGCAUUUGCACGGUCAUCAAAGCUUCAGGGCCACCAGAGAACACACACGGGAGAGAAACCCUUCAAGUGCACUGUGUGUGGGAAUGCAUUUUCACAAUCAUCAUAUCUUAAAAUACACCAGAGAAGUCACACAGGAGAGACACCCUUCAAGUGCACUGUUUGUGGGAAGGCCUUUGCAAAGUCAUCCCAUCUUAAAACACACAAGAGAAUACACACAGUAGAAACACCCUUCAAGUGCACUGUGUGUGGAGAGGCCUUUGAACAGUCAUCACAUCUUAAAACACACCAGAGAAAACACACAGGAGAGACACCCUUCAAGUGCACUGUGUGUGGGAAGGCGUUUGCAUAUUCAUCAAUUCUUCAGUGCCACCAGAGAACACACACGAGAGAGAAAACCUUCAAGUGCACUGUGUGUGGAAAGGAAUUUUCACUGUCAACAUAUCUUAAAAAACACCAGCAAACACACACGGGAGAGAAACCCUUCAAGUGCACUGUGUGUGGGAAGGAAUUUUCACUGUCAACAUAUCUUAAAAACCAUCAGCGAACACACACGGGAGAGAAACCAUUCAAGUGCACUGUGUGUGGGAAGACGUUUGCACAUUGUUCAAUUCUUCAGGCCCACCAGAGAACACACACGAGAGAGAAACCCUUCAAGUGCACUGUGUGUGAGAAGGCGUUUGCAUGGUCAUCACAUCUUAAAAGACACCAAAGAAUACACACAGGAGAGACACCCUUCAAGUGCACUGUGUGUGGGAAGGCGUUUGCAUGGUCAUCACAUCUUAAAACACACCAGAGAACACACACGGGAGAGAAACCCUUCAAGUGCACUGUGUGUGGGAAGGCAUUUGCAUGGUCAUCACAUCUUAAAACACACCAGAGAAUACACACAGGAGAAACACCCUUCAAGUGCACUGUGUGUGGGAAGGCGUUUGCACGUUCAUCAAUUCUUCACGCCCACCAGAAAACACACACGGGAGAGAAACCCUUCAAGUGCACUGUGUGUAAGAAGGCAUUUGCAAUGUCAUCACGUCUUAAAACACACCAGAGAGUGCACACAGGAGAAACACCCUUCAAGUGCACUGUGUGUGGGAAGGCGUUUGCAUGGUCAUCACAUCUUAAAAGACACGAGAGAAUACACACAGGAGAGACACCCUUCAAGUGCACUGUGUGUGGGAAGGCGUUUGCAUGGUCAUCACAUCUUAAAACACACCAGAGAACGCACACAGGAGAAACACCCUUCAAGUGCACUGUGUGUGGGAAGGCGUUUGCACAUUCAUCAAUUCUUCAGAUCCACCAGAGAACACACACAAGAGAGAAACCCUUCAAGUGCACUGUGUGUGGGAAGGCAUUUGCACAUUCAUCAUAUUUUAAAAAACACCAGAGAACACACACACGAGAGAAACCCUUCAAGUGCACUAUGUGUGGGAAGGCAUUUGAAAUGUCAUCACAUCUUAAAACACACCAGAGAAUACACACAGGAGAAACAUCCUUCAAGUGCACUGUGUGUUGGAAGGAAUUUGCACAUUCAUCACAUCUUAAAACACACCAGAGAAUACACACAGGAGAAACACCCUUCAAGUGCACUGUGUGUGGGAAGGCGUUUGCAUGGUCAUCACAUCUUAAAAGACACCAGAGAAUACACACAGGAGAGACACCCUUCAAGUGCACUGUGUGUGGGAGGGCGUUUGCACAUUCAUCAUAUCUUAAAAAACACCAGAGAACACAUACGGGAGAGAAACCAUUCAAGUGCACGGUGUGUAAGAAGGCGUUUGCACAUCCAUCGAAUCUUCAGGUCCACCAGAGAACACACACGGGAGAGAAACCCUUCAAGUGCACUGUGUGUGGGAAGGCGUUUGCAGAGUCAUCACCUCUUAAAAGACACCAGAGAAUACACACAGGAGAAACACCCUUCAAGUGCAUUGUGUGUGGGACGGCCUUUGCACAGUCAUCAUAUCUUAAAAUACACCAGAGAAUACACACAGGAGAAAAACCCUUCAAAUGUACUUUGUGUGGUAAGGCAUUUGCACAAUCAUCAACUCUUCAGGGCCACCAGAGAACACACACGGGAGAGAAACCCUUCAAGUGCACUGUGUGUGGGAAGGCGUUUCCACAGUCAUCGCAUCUUAAAAUACACCAGAGAAGUCACACAGGAGAGACACCCUUCAAGUGCACUGUUUGUGGGAAGGCCUUUGCAAAGUCAUCCCAUCUUAAAACACACCAGACAAUACACACAGGAGAAAAACCCUUCAAGUGUACUUUGUGUGGGAAGGCAUAUGCACGGUCAUCAAAGCUUCAGGGCCACCAGAGAACACAUACGGGAGAGAAACCCUUCAAGUGCAUUGUGUGUGGGAUGGCCUUUGCACAGUCAUCAUAUCUUAAAAUACACCAGAGAAUACACACAGGAGAAAAACCCUUCAAGUGUACUUUGUGUGGGAAGGCAUUUGCACGGUCAUCAAAGCUUCAGGGCCACCAGAGAACACACACGGGAGAGAAACCCUUCCAGUGCACUGUGUGUGGGAAGGCAUUUGCAGAAUCAUCAUAUCUUAAAAUACACCACGGAAGUCACACAGGAGAGACACCCUUCAAGUGCACUGUUUGUGGGAAGGCGUUUGCAAAGUCAUCCCAUCUUAAAACACACAAGAGAAUACACACAGUAGAAACACCCUUCAAGUGCACUGUGUGUGGAGAGGCUUUUGAAAAGUCAUCACAUCUUAAAAUACACCAGAGAAAACACACAGGAGAGACACCCUUCAAGUGCACUGUGUGUGGGAAGGCGUUUGCAUAUUCAUCAAUUCUUCAGUGCCACCAGAGAACACACACGAGAGAGAAAACCUUCAAGUGCACUGUGUGUGGGAAGGAAUUUUCACUGUCAACAUAUCUUAAAAAACAUCAGCAAACACACACGGGAGAGAAACCCUUCAAGUGCACUGUGUGUGGGAAGGAAUUUUCACUGUCAACAUAUCUUAAAAACCAUCAGCGAACACACGUAGGAGAAAAACCCUUAAAGUGCACUGUGUAUGGGGAGAACGGUUUUCGACAGUUAGGGGAUCGAAACAAGCAUCAAACCAUUCAUCAGGAAAUUAAUCUGAAAUCGGCUUGUGAAAGUCCAAGUGCUGCAAUGAGUUCAUCCCUCAUGAAACAAGAACCAGAAAAACAUUUGAGAUAUGAAACGUGGCCAGGAGUGAAGGUGAAAUGUCAAGAAGUGAAAAUGAAAUUUGAAUCAGUGAAGGUGAAAAGUGAAAUGACAGUAAAGUCUGAAGAAGUGAUAGUGAAAUGUGAGGAUGAAGAUUCAACUCCAAAAUCCGACCUUCACGUUGAUCGAGGCAGCGUUAAACUGGAGGAGACUGUGGACUCUGAGGCAGAGCGAGGCAACUCCCAGCAAUUUGUGGAUGUGGAGGUGUGGGUGGAUUUUUUAGGCAAUACCGAGUCCAAUGGAGACCAAUUAGAUGUGCAUCAUUGAGCUUAGGAUAACGAAGUUCCAAUCCAUUCACAGGCCUUUCCCAUAAUAGAGGUUUUUUGGGUUAGAUCGCGUAAAUAUGUAAAUGUGUAGUUAAAACCCGCCCCCACCCGAAACAGCCAACUAGUAAGGGUUGUAACGUUAACAGAACAUGCCAAUUCAUCACUAGUACAGCACACUGGUGUGUUGGAGAGGCAAGCCACAACAUUUACAAUCUGAGUGACGUUUCGCCAGUCAUUACAACUAGCUUCAUCAGGCAACAGCCAGAUGUGUGCCUUUCUAAUUGCAAGGGUUUAACCUCCAAGUGGUCAAUAGAGGCAGCCUGAAGCUGGAGGAGGCUGCGGACUGAGAGAGAGUGAAAUGAAACCCAGCACUUUCUGGAGGUGGACUUUUUGGAGGAUGCAGAGUAGGAGCGGCCAGCAUGUGUGGACUUGGAGGUUGGGUAGAUCUGUAAGCAGGAGCGGGAGACAAAAAAGCUCCACAGCAUUCAACGUGUUUAUAAUAAUCAUUAAUAAUUGGCGCUUGCAUUAAUGUGUUAUUUAUUUCUCACUGUACGUUGCCAAUUUUGCUAAUCAAAGGUGAAAUGCUUCAGCAACUACAAGCGGCUUGUAUCAUAUUUCAUCUCAAUCGUUCGACGGCUAGCCCAAGUGGCAGCUGUCCCUUUGUGGUAGAAGGUGACUCACUACCGACCUGCACGUGGACAUGCGCCUGCCAGUUUGGUGGAGCGAUGAUUGAUGUGUAACCCCAGUCGGGUCGUUUGUGGCUAAUCUUUUUAAUCUGGCAAAUUUUGACCCUGACACCAUGAAUGUUGAACAUCCACUGUUAAGCAGAUUUUUGGUCAAUAUUGCUGCAGUAAUUAUGAGGGUUACCGGACAGAUGUGAACUUUGAACCUCUUUUAACAAGUAUAAACCGUGCUAUCACUUGGCUUCUCGCAUUCUAAGAAUGCAUGCAUGUGUAGGCAUCCAUUCAAAGGUCAGGGUACUGUUGUAUUUAUGCUUUUUCCAAAAUUGAUAUUAAUGAUUUUGAGCAGCUGUCGUCACCCUCGCAAAGAUAAUGACACCCUCCCCUUCCUCCACCAGAAAGGGUCAGUCAUGAAGUCAAAUUAAAAAAACAUGGACACGUCCAACCCCCCCCCACAACACAGCGAGAUCAAUGGAAUUCCGGUCCUUUGUGAGAGAGCAGACAGAGUAAGCAUCUCUUUUUUUCCUCUCGCAAGAGACGCGCAUAGGGGAGAUUUUUCGGAUAUAAACAGCAACAUGACACAAUUCAGCUCGACAAUUCAGCGACAUCCCAGAUACCAGCGGAAGUAGACAGCGACCAUCCGCUCGACAAAAAGACACAGCAGCUCGGCAAGGGACAGCAAGCCAGCUUCGGGCAAUGGCCUCGAGACAUUAGCAAUGGGUGCUGUGUCUCUCAGAGAAAAGGGGCGACGUGAUGUUAUGUGCUGAGCUCGACAAUUCAGCUCGGCGAGCGACAGAAGAGGGCAGCGAGCGGCAAGCUCCGGGUUGAGACUCUGCAAUCAACCAGGGAUAGGGAGACUUGCCGAGUAGCGAUGUGUCACCGAACACGAGUUUAGAGCUGACGGAAGAAGUAUCGCUCAAGUCAUUCUAUCCUGAGUGCCAGCUCCCACCAGCAGCUCCACCGAGCAAGGGUGUCCGCCACCAGCGAACGAACUGCACGCGCAAUUGGGCAUUGAUAAAGAGCACGGGGCAGGAGGGAGCGCGUGCAACGCAGCUCCUCUAGCAGUGGAAGGAGUCUGCUGCUGUCAGCGGACCAGCAGCGAGCGCGAUCGAGCAUCUUCAAGGACACGCAACGUGCCGUCGCAGCUACUCCAGCAGUGGAAAGAGCCUGUAUCUGCCAGCGGACGGGCAGCUAAGCCGACACCCCGAGCAAGAAAAAGCAACGAAGCCGUCUGUAUGACCCCCACACCCUCACGACGCAUCGCCCGGCGUCUGCUUUACGCAAAGAAUUGAACAAGUGGCAAAGAAGACACACAACACGCAUAUCGGGACAAAUAAGGUUGUUCCAAAAGUAUCUUUGUGUUUCAAGAAGGGUUGCCAUUCCAAGGUGGUUCAUUAAAUAUCAACUGAUCGUGAAGAACAUUGCUGCCUAUUGAUUUACGUGGAUACGGUCAUUUAGAAGUAUUUUUGUCGUUCGUUUUUUUCUUUUUAAUUGCAUAAUCUUACAAACGAAUUAAUUGAUAACUACUCUUGCUUUCGGGACAUAUUUCUUUAUUGCCCUUCCUAUGAAUAUGGUUGCAUGAAUUU